CUGUUUGGCUUGUGAAAAUAAUGGUGACAUUUGUGGCAAAAAUGGGAGGCGGACGUUAGAAGUGCCAUUCGAUGGCUCGCAUUUUUGCAUACUAUUGGGUGCCAGGUGACAAUGAUGAACAAGAACAUCCGAAUGCGUUUGAAGUGGUCCAUGGAGGACACGGAAUAAAAUUGAAAGAUGUUAAGGCGGGUUUUCCGCUGCCUGGACAGUACCAUUUCCGAUUCAAAAUGAAAUGGGAGUCUGGUGCUGUGUGGAUGGACGUGACCAACGAAGAAUCAAUGGUGCCGAUGUUUGAGGACAAAGUGAUCGCGAAGGUGUUGCGAGUCAACUGGGGCAAAGCGCAAAAGCCUGUGCCAUCGGAUGUGCCAUCAGCAUCGCCAGACACUUCGCCUCUGGCAUCUGGGGAUUCUGAGGAUUUGCUCUUUGGAGAAAGCUCUGCUCCACAAGUCGGUCAACCAAAGACUUCUGGGAAGGACGACUUCGACAUGCUUUUCGGUUGAGUUCAAGCAACUUGGAACUUUCUCUCCUGGACUCGUGCUGAAAUUUCAGUGUACAGCCUCGGACAAUCGUACAGCCUUCUGCCCCUGGGGUGCGAAAGUUGGACCAAGCUGUGUAUACUGAGAGAAGACCUCAGCAAGUAUAUACCACAGCGAACCCACGUCUUCUAUCGUCUUGUUGCAGCUGAAAAUCA